AUGCGUGGUUUCUCGGCAAGGAUGCGGCAUCCCUCGGAGGUGGCGAGCAUUUGCUGCCGGCAGUACGAGAGAGCGUCGGUGCCGGUGGUUUCUGCCAAGCAGGCGAUCAUGUCACCGCGAAAGGGGUCCGCGAGCGAAAUCGCGGCUGCGCCGGCGGCUAAAAUCGCGCGUUGCACCGGCGACAGGGGCACGCGGUGUCUCGCGUACUCCGCCGUGAACGAGGACGCCGGCCAACAGCCAGCAGCGUCGCUCGACAUUCUUCGAACCAGCCAGCCUGAAACUGACGAAUCAGAAUCGAUCUUUCCUCCUUUUUUUCUCUCUUACACAUCCGAUUAUGGUGGUGGUGAGCGCCGAGUUGUGAAGCGUGCAAAGUAUCAUGCUGUAGGACAGUAUGAAACCCAUGAUGCACGAGAGGCCGAACUGUGCGAGGAAGAACGCGUUGUUCCAAUGCGGAAACUCGACGAUCGAACGCGUAUCCUCGAGCCAGCAGGCGACGCUGAUCGCCGGGACGAUCAUGAACAACGAGUUGUAGUACAUCAGUCCCUCCUUCGAGUCCAACUUCUUCUUCAUGUAGACGCCGUUGGCGGCCGUGAAGAGAUCGUUCAACAGGAUGAACAGAUAGCCUUCCAAGUUGAAGGCGAGAUCGUUCAACGCCGCCACCACUGCCCCAACGAUCAUCGUGUAAACGCUCAACUGAACGGAAACGCGCGCUCGCACCCCGAGCACGUAGUACUCGGCGAUCAUCGUCAUCAGAAUGCUAAAACGCCUGAGGGCGGUGAACAUCGGCAGGCUCAGCUGUUUCGUCCCCCCCAGUCCGAAGAUCAUGUUACCGAUGCUGCGUCAAGUGUAAAGAGGUUACCCUAUACACAGAAACAUCGUUGUUUGUUAGAUACAAAAAAUGUCCAAAAUCAGAAAAUUUCACCAAACUUUGUUAGGUCUCCCGACCAUCGAAAGGCCACCCAAUAUGCAGAUAUAACGAACGAUGAAAAACAAAGAAACUUGUAUAUAAAGGAUGAACAAGAAUGGCAGUGUAUAAAACUAGAUUCGAGUAAACUUCGAAAACAUUGUUUCAUGUUGUCCAAGAUAAGAUUAACAUCUUUGGUAAUUGUAACAACCAUGGCUGGAUACGCAUUGGCUCCAGGACCUUUUGAUCCUUUUACAUUCGUGGCAUGCUCCGUGGGCACUGGAUUAUUGUCAGCCACGGCAAAUGCUAUCAAUCAAUUUUUCGAAGUUCCCUUUGACGCGCAAAUGUCGAGAACGAAGAACAGAGUGUUGGUGAGAGGUCAUUUAACACCUGGCCACGCAGCAAUAUUUGCAGCAGUAUCUGGCUUGAGUGGAUUAUCGUUACUGUACAGUCAAGUCAAUGGAUUAACAGCUUUUUUGGGAGCAACUAAUUUGGUCUUGUACACCCUCAUUUAUACCCCUAUGAAACGUAUCAGUAUUCUAAAUACUUGGGUGGUUGGAGCUAUACCGCCAUUAAUGGGUUGGGCAUCUUGCGUCGGCGACGUAGUGUCUCCAGGUGCUUGGAUAAUGUCUGGCUUACUCUAUGCAUGGCAGUUUCCUCAUUUCAACGCUUUGUCGUGGAAUUUAAGGCCGGAUUAUUCGCGUGCUGGUUACAGAAUGAUGGCAGUCACGAAUCCAAAGCUUUGCCGCAAAACGGCAUUGCGUUAUACCGCUGCGUUGAUGGGUCUUUGCUACUUGGCACCUGUUUUCGACGUAACAAAGUGGUGGUUUGCCUUGUCAACAACGCCACUUAAUGCAUAUUUUCUCUACCUCGCUUGGGAAUUUCACAAAUAUUCGGAUAGCAGAAGUUCGCGUAAACUGUUUCGUUUUUCACUGAUUUAUCUGCCUGCCCUCGUAAUUCUUAUGCUCAUAAGUAAGAAACAGUGGUACAGCAACAGUAACAAACAGAAGGAUACAAUAAUCGAUUUCGAAGAAAAAAGAAGCGAUAUUUACGCAGUGUUGAUGAAAACGAUCACAUAGACGUUUCUCAGUAACUAAUAAAAUGCACUGAAAUUUAAACCGACUAGAAUCGUUGCGAGUUGUAAGUUGCAUACACAGGGAUAAAGCAAUUUGUAGUAUAAUUUGUGAAUAGCGAGUUGUUGUAACAAAUGGUUAUGUACAAAAGCUACAAUACAAUAGUCGUAAAACAUCAUGUUGUAUACAUAUAUAUAUAUAUAUA